AUGGUAACUCAUACUUCAGUUCAUCAAAAUGGUGUAGAAUCAGCGAAUGAAAAAAUUGAAACAGUUUUAAAACGAUUGUAUUACAAUGUCGAAAAAACUGGAUCGCUAUCUUCAGUCAAUAAACUUUACAUUGCUGCAAAAGAGCUAAUUCCUGAAAUCACGAUAAAUCAUGUGAAAAACUGGUUAAAAACACAGCUUACAUACACUUUGCAUAAACAAGCUCGGAAAAAAUUUAAGCGAAAUAAAAUAGUGGUCUGUGCAAUCGAUGAACAAUGGGAAGCAGAUUUAGUUGAAAUGCAAGAGUUUUCGCGUCAGAACAAGGGGUUAAGAUACAUUCUAACGAUAAUAGAUUGUUUCAGCAAGUAUGCUUGGGCUAUUCCAGUACACGCAAAAACAGGUAUUGCAGUUACAGAGAUUUUCCGAAAACUCUUUAAAAAUAGAAAGCCUGAGUCUUUACGUACAGAUAAAGGCAAAGAGUUUCUCAAUAGCAGUUUUAAAACUCUUCUUGAUAAUGAAUCUAUUAGACAUUAUUCAACGAAAAACAGUAAUAUCAAAUGUGCUAUUGUUGAAAGAUUUAACAGAACCCUUAAAGGUAAAAUGUUCAAAUACUUCACUUUUAAGGGAACCAGAAAGUACACAGAUGUGUUACCAAAACUAGUGGAAAGUUAUAACGCUGAUUUUCAUCGAUCAAUUAAAAUGGCACCUAAUUCUGUGACAAAUUCUAACUCGAAUGAUGUCUUCAGGAAUUUGUAUGGUUAUGAUAGCCUCCUUGAAAUGGUGAAAGAUCAGAAAACAAUAUCUCCAAAGGUGUUUGAAGUAGGUUCAAAAGUACGGAUUAAAUAUGAGCUUGGCCCGUUUGAUAAAUCAUUCUAUCCUAACUGGUCUGAACAUAUCUAUACAAUAUCUUCUAUUGACAAAAGCAAAGAAAAACCUUUGUACUUAUUAAGAGAACACAAUGGAACACCUAUGGAAAGGAAAUUUUACCAUGAAGAGCUUCAAGAAGUAUCUGAAGACGAGCAUCGAAUUGAGAAGAUUAUAAAAAGAAAAACAGUUAGGGGGCAUACUCCAACGCCGGAGUCAGGAAGAUUCCUUGAAGAAAUAGAUUUUGAAGAAUUCAUAUUAGAUUUACAACCGGGUUCAUACACGAGUAUUCACGAUCUGUGUGAUGUGAUAAACGCAGAGAUGAUCAAAGUGCUCAGUCGGACAGGACAUGUCAAACAUGCACCAUAUCUUGUCGUCAAUUCACAACAAGGAUAUAUCACGCAACAAGUUGGCCAAUUUCUAUUCCUAAGAUUGGAGGAACUGCAUCAGAAAGAAAUGUUUUAG